AUGGAUGUAUUUGAUGAUGAUGAUGAUGAUAACGAUAAAGGAUCAAACUAUAAACAAUCAAAUAAAAGAAAAAAAGAUAAAAUAGAUAUAGAUUUAGAUGUAGAGAAAACAGAUACAGAUUUAACUUUUAAUAAAUAUGAUAAUCAAAGUAAAACCAACAACAACAACAACAACAAUGAUGAUCAUGAUAAUAAUAAUAAAGAUAUAGAUCAACAAAUACUAUUACCACAAAUAUCAACAACCGGUAGUAGUACUAAUCAUUAUCAACAACAUAGUAAUAUAAAUUGGAUGUCAGUAGAGAAAUGCUUUCAUCUUUUAGUUUCACAGCAUAGAGAUGAAGAGGCUUACAAAUUAAUUGACUCUGUACUACACACAGUACCAUUACCAAUGUAUCUGAUGUCUUCAAUACUUAGAUUACUGACAGAGAAAGAUUUGGAACUAUAUAAUGCACAUCUUAGAGAUAAUCUUUAUUUCCUUCCAAGAGCAUUAAGAUUACAUAAAAAAGAGGCUCCACAUCAAAUGUUAAUACAUUUACUUUCAUGCGAUAUGUAUAAUAAUGAUUUAGACUCUUGUUUAGAACAUUCGGAAUUGCUUAUGCAUCAACUAGUUGAAGAAGAUUAUCCUUUGGUAUUUGCAUAUUCAGGUCUAUUGAAUUUCAUAAAGUGGGAGAGAAUGUAUAAGGCCAUAAAUAAUGUUUCUAGAAUCUAUGAUCUAUCACGUAAACAUAAAAAGCACAAAACAGAAACUGAUAAUAAUAAUAAUAAUAAUAAUAAUAAUAAUAAUAAUAAUAAUAAUAAUAAUAAUAAUUACUGCUCAAACAACAAGAGCAGUAAUAAAAAUUAUAAAUCAUCUAACAGCAAAGAAUCGAAAACAGAAACAACCAAACAAGAACUACAAACCUAUUUUGAUAGAUCUUUUAAAAGGAUGAAAGCUGCAUUGCAUAUUUUACCAUCAUUAGAUUAUUUAAUUACUCCACUUUGUAAAUUAUCAUUAUAUCAAAAAGAUAAGAAACAAUGUCAAGAAUUACUCGAGCAAUUUCUAAUUAAUAAUCCAACGAAUCCAAAUGCUUAUUUGUUAUAUGGAUCGUUCAUGUUGGAACAUUAUAAGAGUUCAAAGAUGAAGGAUAUCAAACAUUGUUUUCUUCAACUGAUAAAGUUGGAUCCAAUGUCAAACUAUGCAAUUGCAGUUCUAACAGAACUCUACAACGAGAAUAAUAUCGAUAUUUCAUCAAUGAUGGAUCUUUUUUGGAACAGAUUUCAAUAUGUACCUUUUGAUACUAAUAUCUGUACUAUAAUUAUACCAUCAUCCUCUUCUUCAAAAACUUCAUCUUCCUCAACCUCAUCUUCAUCAUCAUCAUCUUCUUCUUCUUCUACAAAGAAAUCAAUAAGUUUUACAACAUAUAGAACAGAUCCUAAGAUUAUAAAUCAAUGGCACACAAAUAGUAAGCAGAGAUUUUUGGAAUUAUUUAAUUCACCCGCAAUUGACUCUUUACAUGGAACAACCGGUUUGUUCAUUUUCAAAAGGGAUCAAUAA